CUAUUAGACGUUGUCUUUUUUUAAAACGAUUAUGAAAUGCACAUCGAUUCUGUACAGGCGAUAGUUUCGCCAUUCCUGUGAGGGAAUCAAACUCGCGACCUCACUGCGACGAAGAGGUUAGUACGAGAACUAGAAGACAAUUUCACGAUCGAGGGUUUCGGACUGGCUAUUUCGGUCUCACGAAGAGGCCCCGAAAACCCAAGUAAAUUAUCAAACGCGUACUCAAUAAUAAACUUAUAACAGAUUUGUCUGUUACAGAGGUGGAAACCACUGGAGCUGCUUCUUAUCUAUAAUUAGGGUUUUUUAAAACAGCAAAACAGGGGGCUGCAAUGUCCCAAAAUGGGAAAUUGACGCCUCAGUUGGAUAAGGAAGCCACCAAUAUGCUUAAUCUCACCGUUCUUCAGCGGAUUGAUCCCUAUGUCGAACAGAUCCUCACCACCGCUGCGCACGUCACAUUCUACAAGAUGGACGUCGAAACCACAACAUGGAGCCGCAAAGAUGUCGAAGGUUCGCUCUUCGUUGUGAAAAGGAAGACGCAACCGAGGUUUCAGUUCAUUGUGAUGAAUAGGCGUAAUACUGUUUCUGAUUUUGUAUUACAAACAGAGAACUUGGUACAGGAUCUACUUGGCGGUUUUCAAUUUGAGGUUCAAGUUCCAUAUUUGCUUUACCAGAGUUCAGCCAAAGAGGUGACUGGGAUCUGGUUUUAUAACCACCAUGAAUGUGAAGAGAUUGCAAAUCUUUUUAACAGGAUACUGAGUGCCUUCUCCAAAGUUUCUCCAAAACCAAAAUCAUUUACACCUAACAGCUCUGAGUUUCAAGAGCUGGAAGGAGUUCCAACUUUGGCAAUCAUGGAGGGUCCUCUAGAGUCUACUGAAUCAACUCCAGUCACCGAUGCAGAGGUUUCUGAAGAGCCCCUUGAACAUUUUUUUGUGGAAUCAGCUUCCUUGAUGCCAUCAGCAGCUACACACAGUUUACCAAGUUGGUCACUGAGAAGUUCUUCACCAAUGCCUACACUAAUGCCUCUUCCAUCCCCUCCUUUAGCAGCUCCAUCUGUGCCAAUGGGUUACAUGGGUCGAGUGGAUGUUGGCACAAGCCACCUCACAACUCCCAUGAAACCUUCUUUCUUUGUACCACCACAUUCCUCUUCAACACUGAUGCCUCCACUGAUUUAUUCAGCACCAACAGCUCCACCACUUCAGCCCCCUUCAUAUCUGCAGCCUUCACAUGGGGAACCACUUCUUCAACCUUUCCCUCCUCCUGCUCCAUCACCAUCUCUUACUCCAGCUUCAAGCAUGAGUCAUGGGCCAAUUAUGACAAGGGAUGGAAUCAGUAAUGCACUACUUAGAUUACUAAAGAAUGAGCAUUUCAUUGACAUGGUGUAUCGGGAGAUGAUGAAUGCACACCUUUCAUGAGGAUGUUGGGAAUAUCUUCUGAAGUUUAUCGGAUUGUAAACAUGUUCAUUUUGGCAUAUAUUCGUAUAGUGUUUUGCUAUAUGUGAUGAUAGAAUUAUGUAAUAUUUUGUAUCUAAAAGAUCAUCUGAGAGCUAUUAAACCUUGUAGAAAAGAGUGUUCAAUUUGUACAUUACGGAUGGUUAAUCAUUUUACUUUUUCAUUUUUGCAGUAAAGGUGUAAUAUUUUCGUUUGUUAUUUUUCAUUUUUAACAUUACUUUCGAUGAUACUUAUUUAUUGAGCUCUCUGAUAUUUUGUUACAAGAAAGCUGUGGAGAGAUGCAUAGUUAAAUUGUUGAAAGCAACAUGUAUUUCUCACAUAAUGUAGUGAAUUGAAAUCAAGAACGAUAGUUUGGAUCUAUAUAAUAUAGAUGCCAUUUAUACUGU